AAUGGAAACGCUGCUCGGUGCGCUCUCUGGCUCACCUCCCUCUUCUCCUCCUCCUCCUCCUCUUCCUCUUCCUCCUCAUCACCACCACCACCUUCAUCAUCUUCUUCUUCUUCAUUGCGCAGCGGCACUCCGGCAGCAGCACCUCACUGGAUCUAAUAACCACAUCUAGAGGAUACACAGACAGGAAGAUGAUGAUGAUGGAGUGAACUUGUCCAGGUUGGAUUCUUCUUCUCGGUUUUUUUGGAUUAAUGAAAGCAUGUGUGAUGUUGGUGUGAAGCUGCUCCUGCUGCGUUAAAUAAAGAGGAAUAAAGAGGACUAGAGAGGAAUAAAGAGGAAUGAGCAAAGACAUGCAUGAAUAUAACGAUGUAAUAAACCUGCUGUCUGCUGGACUGGAAUCCCUACUGUCUGCUGGACUGGAUGGGAGUAAAGUGACUGGUGCGUCUUUACGCAUGGAGGCAGCUCUGGACUGAGCUCCUGUUGCGUGUUUAACUCUGACUAAAAGAGACAAAAAAAAAGUGAUUCUACAACUCCUCGAACAGAAAAUGAGUAGCUGUCUCCUCCGACUGGCUCUCCUCGUGGCUUGCGUCCUCUCCAUCUCCAUCUCCUCCACCUCCAGCUCCAGCACCGAGGCGGAGGAGGCGCUCACGUCGUCCCGGGAUACCUGCGCGUCCUGCGGCGUGGUGCAGCCGGAGGAGCCGGAGUCUGGCCGGCUGAACGUGGACUUCAUGGAGGCGGUGAAGAGGCACAUCCUGAGCCGGCUGCAGAUGCGAGAGAGACCCAACAUCACGCACCCGGUGGUGUCCAAGGCGGCCAUGGUGACAGCGCUGCGGAAGCUGCACGCCGGGAAGCUGCGGGAGGACGGCAGGAUGGAGAUCCCCAACAUGGACGGACACCCGAUGAGCAACGACCUGCUGGAGGAGAGCUCCGAGAUCAUCAGCUUCGCAGAGAAAGAUGACAUGGUGACGUCCAAGUCCAGCCUGUUCUUCCUGAUCUCCAGCGAGGGCAACCAGCACCUCUACGUGACGCAGGCCACCCUCUGGCUCUACUUCAAGCUGGCGCCGUCCCCGUUGGAGGUGCGCCCGAGGCGGAAGGUGACGGUGAAGGUGUACUACCAGGAGCCCGGCCUCGGCAGCAAGUGGAACCUGGUGGAGAAGCGCCUGGAGCUGAAGCGCAGCGGCUGGCACACCUUCACGCUCACGGACGCCGUGCGGUUGGUGUUCGAGAAGGGCGACCGGCGCCAGAACCUGGACGUGCGCUGCGAGGGCUGCGACGCGGAAGGAGUCGUCCCCGUGCUGCUCAACCGCAACGACGAGUCCCACCGGCCCUUCCUGGUGGUGCAGGCGCGGCAGUCCGACAGCAAGCACCGGAUCCGCAAGAGGGGGCUGGAGUGCGACGGCAGCAGCAGCCUGUGCUGCCGUCAGCAGUUCUACAUAGACUUCCGGCUCAUCGGCUGGAACGACUGGAUCAUCGCGCCGUCGGGCUACUUUGGGAACUACUGCGAGGGGAACUGCCCGGCCUACAUGGCGGGCGUCCCCGGCUCGGCGUCGUCCUUCCACACGGCGGUGGUGAACCAGUACCGCAUGCGUGGGAUGAGCCCGGGCUCCAUGAACUCCUGCUGCAUCCCCACCAAGCUCAGCACCAUGUCCAUGCUCUACUUCGACGACGAGUACAACAUCGUCAAGCGGGACGUUCCCAACAUGAUCGUGGAGGAGUGCGGCUGCGCUUGAGUAUUUAACUGACGAAAUAUAGAAAUAUUUAUGGACGACGAUGGAAAACAUGCGCACACACAACCUCAUGCACACGUAUCUACACCCCCUCAUGUAUGCCUGCACAAAACAACUUGUAUAUAUAUUUAUGUUUGUUGAUAUAUUUGGUUAUAUUCCUUCAAAGGGACGUGAAGAGUUCUCUUCCAGAUCUUUAAAUAUCUUUGGAAAACAAUCAAUCUCUUGACGUUCUUCGUUCAAUAUCUCUACGGAUAGUGAGGAUCUGGUUUGCUAAACCUACGAGCCUUUACAUCAGUCGAUGUGAUUUCCUGCUAUUGUUAGAGUAGGUACCACUUGUGUAGAAGUUUUGGGAUUAAACUCUUCAUGUGUAGAACAUAAACCCGACCUUAAACGUCUCCAGAGGAGCCUUACGUGGGUCACGAGGUUGGGGGUGAUUCAGCCUCGUUCAUGUUCAAACAUCAGCCACCAACGUGCAGCACUUCAAACCUCUCAACUAAAAGGUAGACGAUGUGAAGUGUAACACCUGAAACUCAUUCUGUUAUCUUCAUUGUUGGUAUUUUAACUUUUAUCAACCAUCUAGAUAAACAUUUCCCUCAAAUUAUUAACUCCCGUCCUCAAACUCCCGGUCUCAAAUAGACCCCUUCUUAGUGUCGACGUCAUGAUGGAGCUGGAGACAGACCAGCUAUCUAACUAACAGUGGGUGACGAGCACUUGAAGAUGGAAUCAUGAAUAUCAGGGAUGACUUCACAUUUCUCUGCUUGUUGUUCGGACGUUGUAAUAAAACCCUUCAGAUUCCUUCCAGUUGAUCAAAAUGAAAAAGUCUCGUCUCGGUCGGUGAAAGUAAAAAGUUGCCAUGUUGCUCAGUUUAGUGACGCACACACCUUGAUAGCACUUAGCAGAUUGAAAUGCCUUUAAACGAUGAGCCCUGAUGAGUCCUUCUAAAAGAAAUAAGUGCCGCAUGAGCUAUGCAAUGUAAAGUAUUUACCCGUGACGAGCUGGACUGAAGCUCUUCUGACUAACUAUCACCAAUACUUGAAAUGUCAAAGUGUGGCGAGCAGCGGCGGGUUCGGCCUGGAGGCGGGAAGAGGUUCUGUUUCUGGUGGUAGAUUACGGUUCUUUCUAAAUGUAUUUGUUUUUGCGUUAGAAUAAGGUCGUUUUUAGGAGAAAUAUGCUGCAAAAUAAAGUUGAUUUUAUGCAUUUACAAACAAAGAUGGCGGCAGGAAGUGACACAUCUCUUUGUUCAUCUUGUAGCGUAAUAAAAAAUAUUGAUACGUUGUUAUAGAACGAUGUACGGAAGCCCUGAAAGGCAAGCAAGAUUAUUUAUUUUUUUCUGGUAAUCCAUUUUCUACAUCUGAUCGAAUUAUUCUUUUCUCUCCUGUGUUUGACGUAAGAACAGGUGGAUUUGUUUUUGGCAGGAUAAUCUUUCUAAGUUCCUUUUUUUGUCGGUGAAACAGGUAAAAAAAAUAUUUUAGGCUGAAUUUUCUAAGUUGCCUCUUAGGGAAAAUGGAUGAAAUUUAAAAAAAAACAUAUUUCACAAAAAAAACAGCUGUUUCCCCGAAGAGGCAAAAAAAAAUAGAAAAAUCAGCCUACAUUUUUGAAUUUUUAAAUUUUAGGCAGAUU